AUGAGGUGGAGACUGAGAAAGAUCAACUUCAAACAAAAUGGAGGAGAGCUCAUGAAAAACCGCAAAGUUCCAAUCUUCACGGAGUCGAAGCUGGCAAAAGUAACCAACAACAAUGAUGACCAUAAAAAGCUCCGUAAUGAUGGUUUUGGUUCCGUCCAUAAAGGGACACUAGAGGAGCACAACGGCACUGUGGUCGUGCGGGACACCGUGGUCGUGGUCAAGAAGCCUAAAGAUAUGGACAAGUCUCUAUUAAACAAGGAUUUCCAGCGUGAGCUUGAAAUUUUGAUGAACAUAAGCUGCAAAAAUGUGGUGAAGCUCAAAGGCAUAUGUUUGGAGACUAGAAUACCAUCGCUGGUUUAUGAAUACAUUCCAAAUGGCACCCUCUUCAAACUCAUCCAACAAAACGAGUUGACAUGGGAACAAUGCUUCAAAAUAGCUGCUGAAGCUGCUCUUGCACUCGAUCAUAUGCACUCCACCACACAACCCCCAAUCUUUCAUGGCAAUAUCAAGUUAGCAAACAUACUUAUGGGUCGAAACAACUCAGUGAAAAUAUCUGAUUUUGGAACUUCGGUACUUAUAUCACCAGAGCAUAGACAUAUCAUAGCCAUUCAGAAAAAAGACUCCCUGCACUACAUCAAUCUGGAAUAUUUAGUCACCGGCAUGCUAAAAAUUCAGAGCGAUGUAUAUAGCUUUGGAGUUGUCCUUAUGGAGUUGCUCACGGGAAAGAAACUUCAUGUUACGGAGUCUGAAAAGUCAAUCAAUACUAUCCAUCGUUUCAUCUGUUCCGUGAAGGGUGACAUGCUCUCCGAUGUCAUAAAUUUUGAGGGUGCUAGUGAAGAUGAAAUAGAGGGACUACGAACUAUAGCUGAGAUUGCAGUGAAAUGCUUGGACCAAAGCAGAGCGAAUAGGCCGACAAUGAGCAAUGUGGUUCAGCAACUCGCCAAUAUCAACCCGAGCUCAACAGUUGAAGAAGAGAAUGAAGAGACCGAACCUGAAGUGGAUGCAGACAAACUCUCAAGCUGUCUUUCCUGUUUGGGAAUGGAUUCGGCAUGCAUCUGA